CAGAACUACAUCAAGGACAUCAAGGAUGGAAAUAUAAGUAGCCUCAGAGAUACUCUGUUCAGCACAGCCAACCGGAGAGCGGAACUACUACAUUUAAGUAGUGACUGUUCGACAUUUUUUUCUUCAUCAAUGGUGAGUAAAUAACAAUUAAAAUAUAAUAAUAUGCGAGUCCUGUUCAACUAAUGAAUUCAGCGUUGUCCCUAACCCUCUUCCUCGCAAAUCUCACGUUUGCAGCUUCAUUUUAACAGUGUUUUAAAAGAAUUUUUACCCUAAUAAAAACGAAUUUCGUUCGUAAACGUAUGAUUAAUUCUUAUUGUUGGUUUACCUUCCUUUUUACACUUUAGAUGCGAAGGUUCACAAACGAAAUAAAAGGGAUUGUGUCUGAGAACUGGUCCGGGUUCAACGACUCCAACACGCUCAUGAUGAACUACGUCCUACAGGUUUUAGUUCCUGAGGUUAGUUUGUUCAAUUAAACACUUCUGAUCCCUUGAGAGUUAAAACUAUUAUUCAGUUAAUUGUCGUAAUUUUUUAAAUCUCUUAUUUGUCAUUUCAGGCCCUAGUCUAUGUCGUCAUGAUUAUGGAAGACUGGUCGCGACAAAUAGCCGAGCGUUUGUUCUGGGGUCAUGGUCAUGUAGAACGAGAUGAUGAAGACGAAGAUUAA